AUGCCGUCUCCUGAGGUCCCUCACAUGGGACACCUCCCCGGCGACGUCCAUCCCGAUAGCCAAUCCGGCGAUGUCGCCACCGAGUUCUUGACGGACCCGUCGACGAACGGGCCGGAUGCCAUCUCCGAGGGGAAACAGAACGCAAAGGCGGUACUAGCAGCUUCCGGCGUGUCGUCGUCGGCCGAGGAGAGUCAGGACGCGUCGAAUGGUGACUCCUCGGGGCAUCCGGUCAACAAUUCCAAUGGUUUGGCAUCGAGCAAAAAGCGGGCGCGAAACGGCUCUGUGACCCAGCCUGCCGAAGAAUUACCGGUACGGGUGCGUGAAACGCCCGCAGACAAGAUCCUCCUGGAGCAGUACGUCAACCGCGAGUUCCAACAUUCAGCCUUGGUGGCCUGGCAGAACCCGAGCCAAGAGAUCGCCCACCAGAAGCGCGCCGAGCGUGACUACUUCCUAACCAUCCGACGCGAGAAUCAUAUGAACCCGGCCGCUCUCUACGGCGUGGGAUACGAAGGAUUUGGAAACCCCCGAACAGAUCUGCGGGGACAACAUCCACAGCUGUUGUACCCAUCCAACCGCCGUCGCCCAGGGAAUCGAAGGACGCGCGAGUUGCGCAUUUCAAGAAAAGAUCUGAAGACGCAGAACGACCAAAUAGAGAACCUGGUACCGAUCCGAUUAGAUAUCGAUUGGGAUAAAAUUAAGAUUCGAGACACCUUCACCUGGAACCUGCACGAUCGUGUCGUCUCCCCCGAUCUGUUCGCCGAAAAACUGGCCGAGGAUCUGGGCCUGCCGCUCGAAUCCUGCGGUCCACUCAUCCGGAUGAUCUCGCAGAGCAUCCAGGAGCAACUCUGCGAUUACUACCCUCAGAUCUAUAUGGAAGAGGAACCGCUCGACCCGCACCUUCCGUACAGUGCCUACAAAAACGAUGAAAUGCGCAUCCUUGUCAAACUCAACAUCACCAUCGGUCAGCACACGCUGAUUGACCAAUUCGAAUGGGAUAUCAACGACCCUCUGAACUCCCCGGAAGAAUUUGCUGCUCGCAUGACCGACGACCUUUCUCUCUCCGGUGAAUUCACCACCGCGAUCGCACACUCGAUCCGCGAACAGUCGCAGCUGUUCACCAAAUCGCUUUACAUCCUCUCCCACCCAUUCGACGGGCGUCCCAUCGAAGAUCCCGACCUCAAAACCGCUCUUUUACCUUCUCCUAUGAUCUCUCCUUUCCGGCCCUUCCAGGCGGCCAAGGAAUAUACGCCGUAUCUCUACGAACUCAACGAAGCCGAGUUAGAACGCACCGAAGUGUCCAUUUCGAGAGACCAACGAAGACAGAAGCGGUCUGUCAACCGACGCGGCGGACCGGCUCUGCCCGACCUCAAGGACCGCCAACGCACGAUUCGGACAAUGCUUGUCUCGUCGGUCAUUCCCAAUACGGCCGCGUCUAUCGACGAGAGCAACGUGUUCAAGCGGUCUGGGUCAAGUCGGCACCGACGUGCCGCCGUCGGACUGCGCGACGGUGGCGACGACUCCGAAGACUCGGACAGCGACGAAUCGUCGAUAACGGCCUCUCCCGCAAUCGGUCCGCAUCUGGCCCAGGGCACGGCGCGCACCAGAGGCAUGCGUGGGGCUGCCACCGCAGCUCAUGCAGCUCUCCGAGCCAACCUUGGCCAAUCCGCCACGCCGGAACCUCAUCACGAAAGCAGGGUCUCGGCCCGACGACGCGACUAUCGCGAAGAGAGCGUCGAAGAGACGGACCGGUUGAUUGUCAAGCUGAAGAUCAAUCGUGAGAAGUUCCGCCAAUAUCUCACCCAUGGCCCGCAGGCGGUCCCCGGCCUUUCGGCAUCGACUCCCGGGGCCCAGCUGCCCUCGCAACGAAGCACGCCUGGAGCGCAGACUCCAGUUCAGAGUUCUAUGGCGCCGCCCUCACAUCCUCAGCCUCAAGUUCGCGUACAAAAUGUCGGUACUCCCACGCAACGAAACACGCCCGCUCAACAAAUCGGGGCCAUAGAUGCUGUUCAACCCCCUCAGCCGGGUGUCUCUGGGCCUCCGCCUCCAAGUUGGCUUGCAGCGGGACUUGCGCGAUUAAAACGCACGUAUCCCAACGAUUCCUUCGAAGGUGUCAUGCGCUACACCGCGGUUGAUACCGAAACGAUGCUCCCGGUAGCAAGUUCGACCUCCCAACCAGGGCACAAGCUGAAAUAUCAAUACCUCCCUCGCAUCCGAUGCCACGAUUGUCCGGGGAAGCUGUACACGCCCGGACCCGCCACGACGGUCGACAAUUUCGAAGUCCAUCUUAGAAACCGACAGCAUAAAGAACGGGUGGAAGAAAGACUCGCCCGAAGUGCCGGUGCCGGAGGCAAUGCAUCAUAA